CCAAGACGAAACGGAGCGGGGGCAUUUUGGGAACCCUGGCAACGAAUUAACGGCCUCCUCUUUGAGUUCCAGCUGUUUCUUUCUUCAUUUUUAUUAUUUUUUUUACUGAAAGACCGGAUUAGAGGCGGUGGAUCUCCUCUUUGGAUCUCGUCUUCGAAGCACCCUUUUCCUCGGAUCUCCGCCUCUCGCUUGCGUCCCAGCAGCUGAGUGGCUCUUUUUUUCUUGAUCCGAUCUCUAUUUCUUGAAGCCACUGUAUUGCUGAUCUAAGAAAUUGUUCAGGUGUCAGUGAUGCUUCUCCAAUCUAAUAGCCGGUACCAGAGAUCAAAAGGAUCUAAGGUUAAAAACAUAGUACAGGUCACUGUGCUUCUAGUUGUUGCCAUAUGGUUGCUCUACCGGAUCAAGCACUCAGAUGAUAAGAAUAAUGGAUACACGGAAAAUGAUGGAAAUGAACUUAGCAAUGGAGCUGGAGAGAUUCAUCUGGGGCGUAAAGCAAAAGCAGGGUCUGAAAAUGUGAUUGUCAUAGACAACCAUGUAGAAAACUUUGAGGAGACAUCUGAAACAAAAGAAGCUGGAGGAGGUCUGGAUGAUGCUCUUAGUCAGCACCCUGAUGAUAAGGGUGAAGAAGCCAUUCCUAUCAAAGAACAUGAGGAACCUCGAGCAGACAUCACAGAUACCGAGACAACAGGAAGUAAACAGGAGCAACAAGGCAGCGAAGAUAAUAAUGCUGAUUCUCAUAUUAAUGGUGGAGAGGAAGGUGCUGGUGAUGGUACAGAUGAAGCCAUAGAGGAAGUUAUAAGGCUGCACAGUCAAAAGGAUACUGAUAAUUCUUUUGAUCAAAAUGAAAAUAGAGAUGGAAGAGAUGACUCCAUUGAAGAAAAUGUGCUUCCAAAAGAUGACCAUGUUGUUGAAAAAUUUUUACUGAAUGGGGCAACCAGUGAUAAUGGGGAAGCGACAAGUUCAGAUGAAGAGGGGCUUUCCACCAGUCAAACUGAAACUAGUGAAAUUGUAGAACUUAACAGUGAGCAUCUUGAAACGGAUGGUGAAUUAAGUGAUAAAGCAAUGGCUGAAGCAGCAAGAUCAUCCAAGUCGUCUCUUAGUGAAGAUCAAAGCAAUGUCGAUGCAUCAACAAGUGAUGAAUUCCAUAAAAAAGUGGAUGUAGAAUCUAAAGGGACCAUUGCUUCAGAUGCUGAAAUUAGUGGCAGAAAUGAGGUUGGAGAUGGUAAAAUUGAUGGAGGAUCAGAUGAUGAGCAUUCCAGUCUGUCCCUCCCCAGUGAAGAAAAUGAUGCUGCGUCAACCAACGAUGACACUCCUGAAAGGAAAACUACUGAAUCCCAAGGAGACAAUACUGGUGCUGAAAAAACUGAGGAAAGUGACACAAGAUCCAAGGAUGAGAUUACUAACUCAUUGAAUUCUGCUGAAGAUAACAAUGAAGUAGUGAUGCCAACCAACAAGGAGACUCCUAAAACAGAAGCAGUUGAAUCCGAUAACAGUAUUCUUGAGGCUGUUACUGGUACAGGAUCCGAUGAUGAACUUGCCAAGUCAUCCCUUGCUUCUGAGCAAAACAAUGUGGAAGUUGAAUCCCAUGGUGAUAAGGCUUCACAUGUUGAAGUUACUCCUAAGAAUGUGCAUGAAGAAGAGAACAGUGAUUCAAAGUCUAAUGAUGAACUUGCAAAUUCAUCACAUGCUUCUGAAGACAAAAAUGUGGAUAAGCCAGCAAACGGCGAAGCUACUGAUGUGGAUGCAGGUGAGUCCCAAGAUGUCAAUGCCAAUGAGGCUGAAAUUAAUGGCAAUGGUUCUACUGAAGAAACAAAGAGUGAAACUACCUCCAAUAAUGAAGCUGCACAUUCCUCUGACAGCAAUGAGCAGAAAAGUUCAGGGACUCCAAACAGUGUGACUCCUGAUGGUGAGGCAAUUGAAUCUCGAGAUGUUAAUGUAGACAGGGAAGGUAACAGAGAGCUUAGUGAUGUGAAUUCUGAGUCUCAAAUAAUCAAUGUCACUGAGGAUGAACAUAAUGGUAAUGGUUCAGCUGAAGUAACAGCGACUGAAUCAAUAUCCAAUAAUGAAGCUGCGAAUUCAUCCCACAAAAAUGAGCAGAACAGCUCAAAGUCUGUAAACGGUGAAUCAGUUGAGUCUCAAGGGGAUGGAGUUUCAGAAGCCGAAACUACUAGUAACAGUGCCCAGGAUGACACGAAGAUCGAACCAUAUCUCAAUAACGAAACCAGUUCAGAACUAGGCAAUAAUGUUGUAUUAUCGAGCAAUAAUGUAAAUUCAGAAUAAGGGCUAAAAGUUGGUGCAGAUUUAGAAUCAUCUAGCUCUGCAGUGGUUCCUCAAAAAGAGGAGAUCACAGACCUGAGUACAGUUCUGUAAUAUGGAAGUGGACUCAGUAAUGGGAAAAAGGAAAGGUGUAUUAGCUGAGCUAUGUUGUAUCAGUCUGUCUGUCUUUAGAUGGAAAUGUAAAGGGCCUUUAUAAUAUGCUACAUUCUUUCCUUUUUCA